AUGACGUUGAAUACUUUAUUAUUAACAUUUCUUUCAGCAAUAUUUAUUGCAAAAUAUGAAUGCAAGAGUUAUUGUGGUGCUGAUAUUUGUAAUAACAGUAAACAGCAUACGUUAUGCAAAUUCCAGUCCGAAGCUCCGGCAGACCAUUGUAUACAAUUAGAAAAAACAAUUAAAAAUGCCGAAGACGUAAAAGCUAUUUUGGACAAAAUAAAUAGUCGGCGUAACAAAGUAGCCGCCGGGGAAAUAAGAUCCCUGCCACCUGCCUCCAAUAUGCUAAAAUUGGAAUGGAACGAUGAAUUGCAAAAAUCGGCUCAACGAUGGGCGAACCAGUGUGUAAAACAUAGAGCGCCCGAUAUCAAAGAUGUUUGUCGCGAUUUAGGGUCCGUUUCUGUCGGACAAAAUAUCGCAACAAUACACGGAGAUGCCCCAGGAUUGACUCCGCUGUCCCUGGUCGACGUUUGGUACAUGGAACUACUGCACGUCAAUGUCUCAAUUUUAGGAAAAUUUACGCCUUCAUCUGAGACCGGCCAUUCGCAUUACAAUUACUUCACACAGUUAGUUUGGGCGGACUCCAGACAGGUUGGAUGCGGUGCUGUAACUUUCAAAGAACGCUACGAAGACUCCGGCGGACAAAAAAACAGGACCAUUUAUAGGUUGGUGUGCAAUUUCGCUCCCGGUGGAAAUUCAAAGGAUAAGCCUGUGUAUCUAAGCGGAAUGCCAUGCUCCCGCUGCCCAAAGGGACAGCUUUGCGAUCCUGACUAUAGAGCACUGUGUGGUUUAAAUCGAAAUCAAGCUUUGCACUUUAAUAAUGCCACGAGUUCUACAAAAAGAAUUGUAAGUGGUCCAAGUGCAGCUUUAAGCAGAGACAUAGAUCAUAAUAAACCUGAAUAUACCAUGAAUUUCAAUCCGAAUAUAAGCGAAGACAACUACAAAAUAAAAUCUCAAAAACCUGUAACAUACAUACCGGAUAUAGAAGAUGAAUUGAAUAUACCAUUUAAUUACUUCUCUCAUUUACGCAAUUUCACAAGACAAGCAGUUAGUGAAAUAACUACAAAUUCUAAUACUUGCAAAGAGUCGUUGGCCGUGGAUGACUUUAUAGAGUUGUUGAAAAAAAAAUUAAGUGAAGACCCCAUGUUCAAAGAAAUACUAACGACAAGGUCGCCUUAUAAUGAUGGCUAUACUGAUCAGAGUGUGGUAGCAUUUGUGAGUAAGAUCUAUAGCAAGAAAAUGCUCACAACAACUUCUAAAUCAACUGAACAAGAUUUAGUUAAUUCUACUCUUCUAACAGAUUUGGUUAAAGCUGUUAUUUUCAGAGGUUCGAGUAAUUCUCACGUAACUGAAGAAGUUACAGAAAGCACGUAUAGUGUAAACGGUAUUAAUCCGAUAAAAAUACAAGCAGAGCUAUCAGAAAUUAAACCAAAUACAGAGUUUACAGGACAUUUCUUUUAUCCGGAAGAUGUUGACAAUGGCGAUGAAAUUGAGAACAGCACUGAACUCUAUUACGAUACAACUAAUUUAGCUGUAUCAGAUAUUGUGCAGGAAAUAGAAGAAAUAAGGAAGUCCACAACUGUCAAGGAUUUUUUAGGAGAAAUCUUAGAUUCCGAUGAAGUCACUGAAGAUGCCAAUGCUUUUGGUGUCAUCAUGGCAAAUGAAACUCCAACUGAACAUAAAGUCUUGAAAAAGUUUAUUGACGUAACAAAUUGA